GUGGCCGAGUGGUCGCUUUCGUUGGUUUUCAGUCCGGAGUCCCCAAGUUCUAAUCUCAGAGUUCGGAUGAUACUCGUUUUCCUCCCCUAACCCUUCUAGCAGCAUCCCUCAUGAACAUGUCCCGAUAAAAAAAAAUGCUAGCACUGUAACACACACCACUUGUAGCUUGUACAGACCCCAAGCAUUUCACUUUUACAAGUAUUAAAAUCUUGUAACACCACUGAUACAGUAUCAAACAUUUCCCAACCCUCAAUUCUCACACACAUAACUCGAGAAGCUUGAGCCAACAAUAACCUCUGCCAGUAGUAGACUGGGAAACUCUGUUGCUUCUAUCAAGCUCAAGUACAAAAACAUACUAGUUUCCUCACUGUAAAUAAGUGGUUAAGUGGUUAAGUGUUAUACAUAAAUUUCUCCAAACAAUUUGACCUAUUGAGAUUCAUUGAUUUAUGAGAUGCUAUCAGAAAAGGUUCCAAUUUCAUAUGUUGCCUAGCCUUUCCCACGCUUCCAGUAAUAUAAGACAACUUUUCUUUAUUAAGCUUUUCAAUUAGUUGUAGUUUACUGCGAAACUUAUUAAUUGUAGACCCUCAUAUACCUUGAUGUCGGACGAUUUAGAAUGGCAUAACCACAUAACAUAGCAUCCGAACGAUUUACGAAAACCUUUAACAGGCAUGAGAGGCUUGACCAUCAUUUCACAAUGGUUUGAAAUUUUUGGUGCCAAAAAAUCUAGUGCACAAUUAUGGUAAAUGUCCAGCCAAUCAGUGUUGACUAAAAACUAUAUCAAGUUUUUGAGCAGAUAAAGAUGUAUCAGUGUUCACUGUCUCACUUCUUCGCAAUCACUCACGCUAAAGAGAGAAACUACACAACCUCACAAACACUCAAGCAAUAAUAGAGACAGGGAACACCUAUCACUUCUCACAUCUAUUGCAAAUCACUGAGUGUUUGAUCUUACUUUGUGUAGAAUUACUUUGUCACGUUAUGUUAGUCUUGUCGUGUUGCUUUGAUACGAGCACGGAUCCGGUACCCGUAGCGAUCAAAGUAGCGCAGCUUCAAGAACGAACAAGAAAAUAGAUUUUUAGUGUUUGUUUGGGAUAGUAUGAAAUUGAAAGUGCAAUCUCAACACAAGAAGGGAGAAGGCUCUAACAAUAUACAAGAUAGAAUCUCGACCACAAUCAAGGGAAAAACUUGAUUGAUACCACUUGAUUAUAUCCCGAGCUCGUGAAAUGCUAGGCUCUUUUGAUCAAAGUCGCCCAGUCAUAAUCUAUUUAGGGUUCUUUGAAUUUUCCCUCAACAACAUGAAAAGUAAAAAGUAUAAGGCGGAUUGAAGUGCAAUCUCACACCUGGGAGAAUGUUCUAUCAAUAUAAGGGUAGAGGAUCAACCAUAAUCAAGGUGAUUACUUGAUUGAUACGAAGCGGACACUUAGGAAACUAGAGUCCACCAAUUCACAAAAGCAAAUUCAAGAAUAAAAACUCAAUGAACCAAAAAGGAUUUUUCUAUUCAACAUAAUCUCCCGAAAUUCGUGUUUACAACCCUUUAAAUAGGUCUGAAAAAAUAAAACUAAUAAAUACGCCAAAAAGGGGAAAAGAAUCCUAACAGAAAAAGGUAACUAACUCGCAACUACAACUCUCAUAGAGACAGCUAUAUCACAACAUAUCCAUUACAAAAGUGUUGCAAAGAUACGAGGGUGGCUCGCACGAGAUUGGCAGGUCUGCAUUAAGCAUGUCUACAAUAUAGAGGGAGACAGGUGUAGUUCCAAACUAUCUCGCUAAUUUAGGUCAUUUGCUUUAAAUUGAUUUGCAUAUUAUUGGCGCACUUGAUAGUGCUUUGUCUUAUUGGCUAUACCAUUAUUCUAUGGGAGUUGUGUUUUCCGGCGAGAAAACCUACGUUGAAUAGAAAUGGAUUGCACCUUUGACUUCUAUGGACAACGAUUUCUAAGACACGACUCCAACCUCUUCAAACAAAGUUUGAACGAGGGUGUUUUAUUGAUGAUUUUUCGGAAUGAAAACUAAAUUAACUUACACCGACUCCUAUGGAGAUUCAGUGAGAGCUCUGAAAACUAAAGGGUACGGUAAUUUGCAGAGAAAGGAAAAAAUUUGACAUUGUGCGUCAAAUGUUUGGUUCUGUGAACCCUUCUCUCGGUCGACCCUUCCUCCUAUUUAUAGUCAUGAAGAGAUAACUGUCGUAGAAAACUAUCUCUUAGAUAACUCACAAAAAGAACUGCUCCCUAGUUAUCGGAGUGGUGGUUACUCCUUCAACCGCCUAGGUGCCUCUCUUAGAACCAUCGUGGGUCCUGGAGUGUAGUUUGCCUCACCUAGUCUUGUUCCAAAUCUCGUGUCAUGCUAGUCUUUUGAUAAGCAUAUGGUGUCUCACAAAGGGGGGUCGUGGUACUCUUGCCUAGCGGUCAUGGACUUCUUACUCAUGUCCAUGGCCCUCUUGGGACUUAAUCACUAGUGAUAUAAUACUCCACCGCCACACCCUUCACAUUGGUGUCCAUGGCCCCUCUCGUGAGGCAGCAUGGACCUCUCACUCAUGCACAUGACCCCUCUCGUGAGGCGGCAUGUCCUUCCCCGACUUAGUAUUUUUUUGGUCAUUCGAUCUUGGUCAUGAGGUAGCAUGGGCUCUUCAUUCGCAGCCAUGGCCUUCUCAAUCAUGUAUGUGGCCCUUCCCGUGACACGACAUGACAUUCUCAUACUUGGUAUUUUUCAAUAGUGCCUAGGGGCUAGGGCCUCUUGUCUCCUGUCCAUGCCCCUUCUCGUUAAGUGGGGUGGACCUCUCAGACUUAUUCAUUUUUUGUCUUCUUUGAGAGAUGCCUCUCACGUGGCAUGGGUUCUUGACCUGUAACCACAUCAUGUGCUUUUCAUCGCCACCAUGGCUCAUGUAAUCACAAAGCGGCAUGUGCCUCCAAAUUCUAGACAUGCAUGUCCCUCCUUGUUGAAUGAACACGUUCUUCCCGAACUAAGAAUAUUUUUGUCUACUUUGACUUUGAAGUGUGUGAUUUAGGAGACCUCCCAAUCAUGCACAUCACCCCCUUCGUGAAGCGGCGUGGACCUCUCAUACUUAGUAUUAUUUUAUUCAACCGUACUCAGGGUCUAUUGUCUCGUGUCCAUGGCAUAUUACCCCCUUCUUGAAGCGACAUGUACCUCUCCUACUUAAUAUUUUUUCAACCAUACUCAGGGCCUCUUAUCUCGUGUCCAUGGCCCUUCUCGUUGAGGUGACAUGUACUUCUAGAUUAUAGAUAGACAUGACCCUCCUCGUUGAAGCGACACGUGUCUCUAGAUUUUAGACGGACAUGACCCUCUUCAUGAAGCGACAUGUCCUUCCCAGACUUAGUUUUAUUUUAUACAAUCUAAGUCUUAUUUUAUACAAUCUUGUGGCAUAACAUGACCGAGAAGCCUAUGUCCCUAAUUGAUUGUUAUAAUUGACCUAGCCUUAUAAGAACUCAUCAAUGUGUACAAAAUAAUUUAUGUGUGUAAACAGAUUGAAACUUCAAACAACCCAUUUGGUAAUUGAGUAAAACUUGGGCCGCUUUUUAACCUAAUCGAGUAAGAAAGCGGUCAAUAAUUCAGUAAAGAGUAUAAUUUUCGAGCUAACUACCCCUGAUUCAAGAGAAGCUGGCAGAAGAGGGGCCGCUGAAGAAAACUAAGCCAGCAAGCAGAGGUCUGAACAAACUUCCGAUGGUGAAUGGUGAACGGUGACAGAGCAGUCUAGCGCCGGAGAAUACAGAGAGCUACAAGAAAACGCGGAGGAAGAAAAUCCCACAACCAAGUUUGUUACUUUCGGUUUCCUCGCCCGCUCCCCCUACUUCUCCUCUCCUCACUCUCACCCACCGCCAAUCUUUCCUCGCUGACGAAGUUCCCCUGCCAGCUGCCAUGACCGGCUCUUAAACACUUCCCAAGGUUUUCUUCUCCCUCUCUUCAAUUCGCCCGAAUCUUGCCCCCCAUGGAGUCCAAAAUCUUGGAGAUCAACUUGAUCUCCGCCCAAGGCCUGAAGCCGCCGUCCGCCAAGCUCCGCCAAUUGCAGACCUACGCCGUCGUCUGGAUCCACUCCGCCGCCAAGCUCCGCACCCAGGUCGACCGCGUCGGCGGGGCCAACCCUACCUGGAACGACAAAUUCCUCUUCCGAGUCUCCCCCAAUUUCCUCUCCAACGACACCUCGGGGGUCUCCGUCGAGAUCUACGCCGUCGGCUGCCUCCGCGACUCCCUCGUCGGCACCGUCCGCUUCCUCAUCAGCAACCUCUCCCUCUCCUCUCCCCCGGCGGACACCCCUUCCUUCACCGCCCUCCAGAUCCACCGCCCUUCGGGGAGGUGCCACGGCGUGCUCAACAUCGGCGCAUCCGCCAUCGACGCCGCCGAUUUCACUGCCUGGAAGGGGGAAUCGGCGAUCGGGUACCGCGAGCUCAUGGGGAACCGGGCCAAGAACCCCCGCCGCAGCCGCGGGUCCAAGGAGGCGGCGGCGGCGCGAGAGGAUCGCGAGAAUUCUUGCUGCGAAUCCGGCGAAUUUUCCGACGGGACAGACUCGACGACCUCGUCGUCUUCCAACGCGUCGACGGCGCUCAAGGACCUGACGAAGCUUCAAGAAUUGGCGAGGAACAGCCACCUGAGGGCGUCCUCCGACGGCGGCGUGCUUUGCGGGUUGCUGAUGCAGCGGAGGAUCCGUCUCUGCCGGUCCGACCCGAAUUUGAGGGACCCGGACUACAGUGGAUCCGAGAAGGAGAACUGAUCGAGUACGGCGCGGCGCAGCGGAACUGGGCUGACCUCCUCGAGCUUAUACUACAGCCUUCCGUUCGCCUGAUUUUUGGGCCUCUUUGGUCGAUAUUUUCCUUUUGGGUAUUUUCUUGCUCUGUGUGUGUAUGAACGAGAACUCAUGGGCCGGGCCUGGGUUUGUGUCUGCUUGAUUGGGCUUCUGGCUCGAAAUAUGAUUGUUGCUCGGCCCACGGAUUUGCAUAGUAUACGAGUACAUAAAGUUCAGCUCUAAUAAUCCUCCUAAUCCGGUGAAUAUGAGUUUUCAUGUCCUUCAAGACAAUGAAGCCAUUCUACAAUAGACCAUGCGAGAAAACAAUGUUUAUCAAAGAAGAGACUGAUGAACAAUCAAUACAUUAUGGAGCCCUAGAUGAAUUUAUAUGAGGAAAUUCAUGAGACACUGUAAGACAAUCGAAGAAGAAAAACGAUGAUGAAGGACUAUCGAAGCAUAUGAUUCGUCGUUUAUUGAUGGAUGAUGCGACUACUGGAAUACAUGCAAUUUGUUGAUAUUCAAAACAAUAAUUCUCUUAUACAAACCUUUGCCACUUUGCAAUCUCGAUGACUAAUUUGAUUGCGUGAUUUCGUGUAAUGCUACAUUAUUUUCACUUAAUUAGGUUUUGUCUUGGUACGACAUUGGUUUGUAAUUAUUUUCAUAUGGAUCAACCAUUCAAAAUCAGUAAAAGAGAAUAGGAAAUAUGGGGUUGUAAAUAAAAACUCAUUCGUUUCCAAUUUGAACAAAAUACAAAAGCAUUUUACUUUUACAUCGUGGCUGGACAAACACAACCUCCAUCAACAAAGCACCUACUGAGAUUCUGAUCGAAAUAAAUGGACUGAUAGCAU